UAAUUUGGAUAUCCACUUUUAUCCUAUUUUCCAUCGUGGUUUUGAGUGCUUAUGCUAAAAAGAAAAGAGGAUAAUUUUUAAUUAUAAAAUCACUUCUCCUGAAGAAUCAACUUUCAUAGGGAAUUAGAAUUAGGCAGAGUUCUACAAAGCUGGCCUUACGAAAGACGUUCAUGAAUUCCAUUGUAUUGGUAGCAUUGGAAAGCUCGACUCGUGUAUGGUUGCCGACCCAAAGCGCUGGGAAAAUCACAUGUCCUUUUUUGUUGAACUAGAUAUGGGUACCCCUGGCAUAUAUUUUUGACGAAAAGAAAUGGAGGAGGCAAGAAUAUGUCAUUCAAGAAGAAAAAAGAAAGAACAUGCUUCUUGCGUGGAGUGGGAUUUCCGAUGUUUCAUCAAGCGAAAGUGAAUAUGAUUAUCAUGAGGAAACCAACUUCGAGAGUUUUCGAAAAAGAUCGCUACGCCGGCUGAAGGAGUGAAGAUUCGGAGGACCCAGCGGGCACUCGUGCGACGGGCGGCCACUCUCCACGCCGGCUGCCGCGAGGAGCGAGGCCGAGGCACGGCGGCAGUGACGACUCCAUCAACCACGCGCGGUGACUGCAGCGCUCCAGCCAAGGCGUUUUACGGCGGCGACCGCUUCGAGUUCGGCCAGUUGUGGCCGUUCUACCUGAACGGCAGGUCACGGUCGCGUUCGGCGGCUCGACGGUGGGACGGCGACGGUGCGAGGUACAUCUUGUAGGAAUGAUACUGGAAUUUCUUCUCGUCUGAAUCAGAGAAUGGAUAAAUUGGGGAAUCUUCCUAUUAUUGAUUGGAUUGGGGGAGUUGGUAACAAGGUUUCACGUAUCCAGGAGCGUGGUUUUUCCCCAACUUAUAACAUGGAAAGGAGUAGCAUGCAUGGGUGCGGGACUGAGGUGAUUAACAAGCGAGCUCCACCCAAGCUUGCAAAGGAAUCCAUGGAGGAUUUUCUAGAUGCUAGUUUGGUCAGGGAGACGAUGAUGGAAGGGACAAAGGAGGAAGUCUGGGAGCGGGAAUCCAUGAGCGGGUUACCGACGAAAAAAGGCAUGUCAUCGGCCCAAGUGUUUGGGCACUCCUGGAGGCCCAUCAACCCCACGUGGUGCUGGGUUCCAAGAAGCGGAAUCCACACUAAGUCAUGCUACCCUGCUCGACCGGACGAAGUGCGUAGGCUUCGGCUCUCUGCCAAGUCCGUGUCUAGGGUUAGACAUCAAUCCUUGGAGGCUCGUUCCUAUGCCCAAGUAGUGAGGGAAGGCAGAAUGGCUUGGAGGAGGGAUCAUGGAGGGAGCAAUUGGAAACGGCGCCAAGAUGAAUGGAUGGAGGAAGAUGACCUUCUGGAAGGGGAUCCCUGCAGAGAACAAGAUCUGCGCGCUAAACUUCAGAGGGGAUCAGGAGAUUCUACUGACAGGAUCCCAGCAGAGCAGGUACGUGCCAUGCCAAACAUUAGACCUGCGGGUAACUUUGGGAAUUGGAAAAAGGGUCAAGGAGGCCGUGGUUUUGCUGCCAGGGGAGGCUUUGGAGGUCGACGGGGUUUGGGACGCUCUGAAUUUGAUGGUCAAGGAAGUAGACAGUUUGAGACAAAGGAAAAAUUCCGUGGUGCCCAAUUCUCUGGAGACAGUGGUUUGAUCACAGAAAACAGAUUGGGGACACACUUUGAAAAAGAUUUUCGUCUUCAGGAAGAUCAGGGCAAAGAAAUCAAAUGUUUUCGCUGUACUCAGUCUGGACACCACCAAUCUGAGUGUAGUAAUGAACCUCUUUGCUACAAAUGCAAGGGAUUUGGGCACAUGGCUGCAGAGUGCCACAUGCAGAGGAAACUGAGGUUGUUUGGAUUUGGUAUGCCAGAACAGGGUUUCUUUGGUAUUGAUAUUUCUGAAAACAAAGAGCAGAUGGCGGGUCUGGUGGCUUCUAUCCAUGUUUUGGAGGGGGAACCUAAUGAGGAAAAAUUAGAGGAGGAACUAAAAAAUUUAGUGCAAGAAAAUUGGGAAUUCAGGGUGAGAAGGGUGGAUAAGUUUGACUUCAUUGCCUCCUUCCCAGAUAAAGGAUCCCUUGAGACUUAUGCUAAGCUCAAUAGCCUGGAGAUGCCUAUCUAUAGGUUCAGAGUUAAAAUUGGAAAAACCAGUGUGGAUCCAAAAGCUUCAGCAGAAUUACAGAGUGUUUGGGUUAAGAUUUUCAACAUACCAGAGAAAGCACGUGAGAAAAUUAUUGUGAAGGAAGUGGCUAGCUUAGUUGGUAAACCUGUGACAGUAGAUGAGCUGAGUCUGAUCAAAGAUGGCCCGGUGAGAGUUCAGGUGCUGUGUCGUGAUCCUUCUCGCAUCAGGGGGUUGGUGGAAGUAUUUUUUAACAAAACAGGUUAUGAACUGAAGUUUUUAGUUGAAGGAAAGCACCGUAAAGCUACAGCUGCUGGGGGUUAUAUAACCAAAGGGGAUUCGGAUGAGGAGGAUCAUAAUAGGGAUAGAGAUAAAGCUGGCAGAAAAGAUGGAAAGAGGGGAGGAGGAAAAUUCGAUAGGAAAGGGAAAGAAAUAGAAAGAAACCAGGAAUCUAGCCAUGGGGAUUCUCAUGAGGAAGAAAACACUGAAUGCAUGGAAGUUGAUACCCAUGAUUGUCUGCUUGCUGGUGUCCACCCAAUGGAAGGAUUUUCCAACACCAUUAAUGAAGGGCUAGGAGAACAGACAGAUGGUGCAGACAUUUCUUUUGAUCACGCUGAUCAGUUGGUUCUGAAACAGAAAAUGAAGGAACAUGUCUUGGAGGUUAAUCCCAUGGUCCUCCUGGACAGUCAACAGUCUGAAAUAGUCGAUCAGGAGGAGGAAAAUGGAAAAACAGCCAAGGAGCUCGCACAUUUUGGAGGAGUGAUUGGAGGUUCAGAUGGCGACAUUCUUGACUUUCCUGGAGGUGAGGAUAUGGAGGCUGCUCUUGAGGUUGACAAGCAAAACAACGCAGAGGGCAAUGCUAACAGGUUCAAGCUGGUAAACCAUACAAGUAGAGAGGGGAAUGAAAAACAACAAAUCUGUAUGGCAGAUUGUGGCGAUGAAACACUUGCUUUUGAGGAGGAAGGUAGUAAAUGGGAUGUGGUAGUCAACAAAAGAGGUAGGAAGAAAACGACAACGAAAGGCCCAGUGAGAGCUACCAGAGCCAGCUCGAGGAUUCCUAGGGAUGGAAUUCCAAUCUUGGAGAAAGCCACGAGGAGAGCUCUAGAGAAAGACAUCACUCAAGAGCUGGAGCGUGCUACUCAAGACAAAGGAUCAAGCGAUGUUGGAAGAUAUUCUGGACUCAAUGAAGAAUUGGUUACGGGAACAGCACUCGGUUGAGGAAAAUUGCAGCGACAUUGGAGUGAUUUGAAGUGGAAAAUACCCUUUCUUUUCUGUUUGGUCUGAAUACUGUUAAAUUACAUCGAAAAAACUGCUUUGAUCCUGGAAGCCGUGGAUGCAAAAUUUUGUCCCAGUCGUGGAAGCUGUCGCUGUAAUGGAUGCCGUAUGAGGUUUUUUCUUUUAGUGAUUGGCCUGUUUUUAGAUCUGUUAGGUUAGUUUUAUCAGUGAUGCUUUACGUGAAGCUUUAUGGUGUGUACUAGCUGCGAUCUGGCGGCUGAUUUCAGAACUUUGUUAGUUGAACUUUGUCAGGUCAUAGAUAUUAAGCUGGUGAUUUGAAGUCUCAGUUCUUAGUGGAGGGUCUGUUUUUUU